AUGACCGUUCCCACCCCGGUGCCGGCAGCUGGAGAUGAGCAUUACGAGGACGAGCUUGUUGAAGAGGAUCCCGACGUCUCCACAAAGCCUUUCGUUGAACAGCGCGCUUUUGGACGCGGGCUCUGGAAGAACCCGAUCAAAUUCGUCUCAUCCGCCCCCGAAGUCCAACCAACGACGACAUCGACAAAUGGCAAAACCAUGGCUGAGAAGUACCUUGCCAUAAUGUUUCCGAAUGGCCAGCCACAACCAGAACCUGACGCAUAUCCUCGGUGCGGUAUAUGCGGCGAGCCUGUCAAAGAGACGGACCAGCGAAUACAUUAUCUAAGCCCUGCACACCAAGCUGCACUACCACGAGCCCCCAUACCCUCCGCAAUCGACCGGACGAGAAUGGGACUAAAGUAUAUGGAGAAGCACGGCUACGACGUCGAUGCGCGACAAGGCUUGGGUACCAGUGGUCAAGGCAUGCUUUUCCCACUGGUACCCAAGGAGAAGCGAGAUAAGCUAGGCUUAGGAAUAGACAAGAAAGAGCACUCCCAGAGGAAGGCGUUAGGUGGCGCAAGCCGCGCAGACGUCAGAGAGGGCAGGCUCGAUGCUGGCAAAGUGAGAAAACUUGCACAAGUCCAAAAGAAGAGACACGAUAAGCUGCAGAAGAUGUUCUACGGCAACGACGAGGUUGAGAAGUAUUUGGGACAACUUGGUGGCUGA